CAUCAGACUAUCAUGGCCACCAUGUUCAAGAAACAUGGCAGACGAAAUUUUCGGAAAAAAGCUGUUGACGAAGAUGAAGAAAACGGGAGUAAAGAAGACACAGAGAACGUUCCUACCAUUACGGAAAGUUCGGGCGAUAAUUCUAAACCAAAAGAGCAAGGAAAGGUCAAGAUCAAGACCAAUGUUGUCUCUUCUGCAAACCCGCUUCUCAGCUUUGACACUGAAAUUUCCAAACCAAAAGAGAAGGCAAAGUCAAAGAUCAAGGGAGCUUCUUCUGCUAAUUCCCUGUUGAGCUUUGACGAUGACAUUGCGGAUGAUGGUGAAGUUUUUAAGGUGAAAAAGUCCAAGGAAAGUCGUCGCUUGGCAAAGAGAAUUGAGCAGGAACGCAAGAAGAAAGAUAAAAUCGACGAGAAGAGAUCUGUUGGAGAUGAAAGCUUUGAUCAGGGGCAAGAUGAUGCUGAUGAGAAACUUGCCGCUUUGCGUGCUGAGCUAAGUAAAAUGGCAAGGGAAGAUGAGGAAGUUUCGGACAAUGACGAUGUUGACUCUGUUGAAUCAGGGUCUAUAAAGAAAGAGCCAGUUACAAACUCUAAUAUAAAAACAGGCAUUUCUGAUAUCAGUAUUCCAGAUGCAGCUACAAUCCAUGCUGCACGCAAGAGGCGUGAAAUGGCCAGGCAGACAGAGCAGGAGUUUAUUCCUCUGGAUGACACAAAGAGAUAUGAGGGGCACUCUGCUUCCACUGGGCGUUUAGUCAGGGAAGAUGAAAAUGAUAUCAGUGAUGAUGAAGGUGAAGAAGGUGCUAUAACAUUCUCUGUAGCACGAAAACGAGGCUUUCCUGCUUUGGAUCGUCGGCGAGAAGUCGAGGCCGCUCUUGCAAAUCAAGAACUGGAGGAGAAAUCAGACAACGAGGAGGUGGAGGAUGAGGAAUUGAAGCGUUGGGAAGAUGAACAGAUCCGUAAAGGAGUAAAAGGAGUUCCUGUUCCCUUGGUGGAACAAGAAUUACCACAUACUACUGCUGUGACAAACUCACUUUAUCAACAGCCAUAUACUGACGACCAAUCUUCAAUGUUUCAAUAUGCCCACGGACAACCUUAUUCAUAUGGAACAGGAUAUGCCAACACGCACACAAAUGGAAACCAAACAUAUGGACCUGCUCUGACUGCCACUUCACUACAUUCGCGUCAUGCCGUUACCGUUGACAUGAUUUGUGACAAGAUGAAACAACAGUUAAAUUCUUUACAGGAGGUACAUCGUGGACAUCAGAUGGAACAAGAAAAAGUCACACAGCAGCUGGAAACUGCGCAAGGAAGCAUUAAGAAACUUGAACGCCAAGGACGAAAUGCUGAGCAGAGAUUCAGUUUCUUCCAAGAGAUGAGGGGGUAUGUCAGGGACUUGAUAGAGUGCCUUAAUAACAAGGUGGGUGAUACAAGCAUGGAAUGAGAGAUGGAAUCAUGAGAAGAGACUUGUCAAAUGCUUUUCUCUCUUUGAUCUUGACUUCUUACACCUUGCGUCCUUUCAUGGAUAUUUUGUUGUUCAAAAUGGGUUAAGAUGUAAAUUUCUACAAACCUUUCAUUUACCAGUCUUUGCUAUGAGUGAGGAGCUUAUUUCACAUAUUUCUUUUCUUUCUAUAAUUUUUUUUUUCAUGAAAACUUUGGUGUUACUAUUCCAAUACAUGAACAUGUAAGGUUUAAUAACUUUUUCAGUUCGUCUGAUUAUAUUUUGUUGUUUUGACUGAUUUAUGAUUAAUUUAUGCUCCUACAAAACAAAUUUGCCAGCAGUUAACCAACCACAAGAAAGAUACAUUGUAACUUUCCCACACUCUGUCACCAUUUCCUUAUAUAUAUCUCUCACAACAACAACAGUGUUUUAAAGGCAAAGAGGAUCCAGAUUAAUGCGUCUUUCUCUUCUUGCACAGGUUCCAGAAAUUGACGAGCUUGAGAGGUCAAUGCAUGCAUUGUUAAAGAAUCGAGCCAGUAGUCUGGUGCAGAGAAGACAACUGGACGUCAAUGAUCAGGCAGAAGAUUUCUUAAAUGCUCAAGCUGGUGAGUAGCUGUUCCAUUCGCCCCUGAACUGAUAGGAAAGUUCUUUGGGUGCAGAUCCAUGUGCAUUGUACCAAUUUGUGAUGUUGUCAGGUUUAAUAGUCAAGGACAACUUGGUCUUCUAACUUGUGCAUGGGGAAGAGAUCCCUUGUCACCUAAAGACAAGAGAAAGUAACGUUAAGUCAAAACGGACCCUUGUCAACUUUUCCCUAAAAUCCCAGUUUUGAUUUCCUUCAUAAGAUCUGAGUUAGUCAAAUACAUGCUUUCAUCCCUUUGAAUCUUAUACCUUAUCCCUUGGUAAGUUUUUUUCCCUUCGUCUUUCCCCUGGAAGAGCCAAACAGAAUGUGACUUCAGGGUGUAUUUUUUACAUUUUUUAUCUCAUCUAACAGGAAGACAAAGUCAAAGUUCAUCUAAACCCUCUGAUCAGAAUAAGAUGAGACGUGCUGCUGAGAGAGAAGGAAGAAGAGCGCGUAGGAGGAAACAUAGAGAAAAAGAGAAGAAAACAUCCCAGCCUGAUACUCAUCAUGAAGGACAGUCUACUGAUGAUGAAGAAACUGAAACAGAUGCUAUCAAAUUCAGGGCAGAAACAAGUAAUUUUUUGUGUUAUUACAUUCAGGCUAGGUCAAGCUUCCCACAACAUCCCAUUAAUGAAUUAAUUAUCUAAAAAUUGCAUCUGUUAGUAGUUGUAAAUUUCAGAUUCAUCUAUGUAUCCAAAGUGAUUUCUCACACAAGGUAGUUUUGAAAUCUUCUACCAGCUCAGUUUUCUUGAAUUUGGUAUGUCUUCAAAGCAAUGUUAUUCAAGCAAAGAUUUUUCAAUUUGACAAAAUGCUGAGAAGUUGUAGCCAAAAAUCUCUGCUUCAUUGCACAGGUAGGGAUGCAGAAUUGAAUUGGAUACUGGUCACUACACGCACGGUAAUUCAAGCUGAAUUAAUAAUUUUUAUUGGUUGAUUCUAUAGUUUUAGUGUUCUUUAUCACAUUUUUCUUAGUGUAUACUACUACAUGAGAAAUUUCUGCAAUUUGAUUGGCUUAGAACAGUGUUUUUUCAGCUUAAUUUGAAACACAUACAUGUGAAAAUUGUAAACCUUUUGCUGGUGGUAGUAUAAACAAAUAAUAGCAUGAUUUGUUCAAGAUAUUUGGCAUACAUUGUAAAUACCACUCGUGAUAUUUCAAAGUUGUCUCAAAUUUCACUUCCCUAACGACUCGUGAAAUUACCUAUAACAAUUUUGAAAUAUCACUCGUGGUAUUUAUGCCAAACUUCACUACAAAUCAUGCUAUUACCUUUACUAAUACAAUCAUAUGUCUCUUUUGUUUCUUCUACCUUUCUUUAGAGAGAAUUACGUCAGAAGAGAAGGCCAUAUUUGAAGAUGUCAUUGAGGACUUCAGUUCAAUCGACUCUAUAAAGUCAAGAUUUGAAGAAUGGAAGAACAAACAUGAAGACUGUUAUACGAAUGCAUAUAUUUCACUUUGUCUUCCUAAACUGUUUGCUCCAUUUAUUAGACUUCAACUUUUGGACUGGAAUCCAUUCGAGGUACAACUGAUACCUUUUUUAUGAACAUUGUGAGCAAAUGGAUGUGGAACUGAACUUGACAAGAACUUUGUGUGUGUUGCUGAUGCACACCAUGGAAAUGAAUGCAUAGUUCACUUUUGAAGGUUUCUGCUCUACAGUGUACCUGCAUUCCACUAAAGUUUUUUUAACCCUUUCACUCCCAGAAGUAGACAAAUUUAAAAUCUGACAAAAAUUAAAAAUUUCUUUUGUAAAAUACUGAAAAACAAAUAGCACCGCGUGAAGGGGCUGCAAAAGAUGUUUCAUUUGAAUGGUCACAUAGCAGGAUUUUGCCUAGAGAAUUAAGAGUUAGAAUCACUUUGCAAUUCUCAAUCAUUCAUGCUGGUAGUGAAAAAUGUAACCUAGUUUUCGUCAAAUGUUGAAUCAUUUCUGGUCUGCAGACCUUUUAAUUCUCAGUGAGGUCUAAAACUGUGACUAUGUUUCAAUGGAAAGCAUCAGACUUUGUUUUAGUGGCGAAAAAGCUAAAAUUUUUUACCUUUUUGGAAAAACAUUUGUGGCUGAUUUUGUUUUUAAUGUUUUCAUGACAAAUUUCCUUGUGCAGGCAGCCUCAAAUCAUGCUUUUAAAAUUAGCAUUCUUUACUGUUUCAAUUUAAAGGACUGUAAAAAAUGGACCAUUUGGGGACAAUUGAAAGCAUUUAACAAUCCUUUGCAGUUAUUACUUCACUGUGUGUGCGAUAAUGUGGCAAAUUUAAGGCACUUUUUUUUGUAUACUGUGUCAAGAUGAAUAGAAUUCUCCUUCUGUUAUCUCAGUUUUCAAGUAGAAGCAGAUACAGUUGUAAAGUUUAUUUUUUAAAACCUUUUUAUUUCUCUUUUUAGGCCAAGAGCAUGGAAAUUGAAGAAUUCCGCUGGUAUAAAAGUCUUGUAUUGUUUGGCUGUGGAGAUGAUCCAUAUGAUAUUGAUGUUGAAGAUCCUGAUGUCAAACUGAUUCCAGCUGUGUUAGAGAAGACGCUUAUCCCAAAACUAGUUGGUGAGUAUAAGCAGUACCAUUUUAUCGUCAGCAAUGUUCUGGAAGCUUAAUUACAAGGAAGGUUGUGAGUAGAGCAGCCUUUCUGUUUUGUAAAGCAGGCUCUGCUACAGGCAGCAUGAGACCCUUCUUGCUACAAACUACAAUGCCUUUGUUUUGACCUAUGACUGGGUUUUGAUCUGCUGCAUACUGAAAGAUAGCUUUCAGGGCUUUCACUAAAAGCAAUGGGGUAGGGAUUUCUCACGGCUACUGAGAGCAUGACUACCCGCUAAUUUCAUAGGAAACAAGGGAAAUUACAACCAAAAGAAUUUCCUAACUGUUUAGUCCCCCCCCCCCCAACUAAUUACAAAUACUGUCACUGCAGCUGACAACUUAAAACCUUGGUGACAGCCCUGGCUUUCAACUAUGAUCAACAUGUACCAUUAGGGUGUUUCAUUUCAACCAAUUAGAAGAAGAACAGUACUGAGAUUUUGGUAGAGACAUUUUGGAGAGUUUUAGAAUCAUGUUUUCAGCAAACAACAAACGUCAGAUUCAAUUUUGCAAUUUCUUAAAAUUGGAAAUGAGCAGAUAAAAUUGUAGGCUUGCUACAAGUCGACCUCUCAUAAGUUCUCAGUGAGCGAAGCGAGCAAGAAAAGUCGAGUGAAGUCAGGAAUAACCAACCAGGAAAAAAAUUUUAAAGGUCUUUUAGAAAGUCUAAUAAAAUUUAUUGUACCUAAACUAAUUGUGAUGGAUGAAACUGGCAUGAAAUAAUAUUACUAGUGAUUUUUUGUGGGUAUAAUGAACUGCAAACAACAAGUAGAAGGAAAACUUGGCCACAUGGUACAAAUUGACGUUUGUUGUUGGCUGCAAAUGUGAUUCUAAAUCUAUCUGUUAUCAUUUUUUGACGGGAAAGAGUUGAAAGAGUUGUCAUACCAGGCAGUGAGGGGGUACUCUCCUUGAGAUGACUUCUCCAAUGAACUAACUGUUGUGGAUGCCAGGGUGUUGAUUUUACUCUUUUCAUAUUUUUAUACAGGUCUUUUUGAACACGUGUGGGAUCCAUUAUCCCAGAAACAGACGACACUAGCCAUUAAAUUAAUAAGAGGAAUGGCUGAGGUGUAUCCCAAUUUCCAGGCUCAAAACAAGACAACACAGGUAAAAAAUAUUGAUCAUCAAAAUAGAUUAUCGGUGUUCAUUUGCACUUGUCUUUCAUCUGUAAACAAUGAUGCACCUAUUGUUUGGUUUGGUCCUAUUAACAAGGUAAAUUAAAAGAGAAAUAUACAAGUUGGGAGUAUAUAAUUAUUAUGCCAUAUAAAGCUGUAAGACACAUUUAACGGUUUUCUUAUAAGAAAAUGUAUGGGACUGUAUUUUGGAACAAAUCAAAGUGACCCUAAUAAUGAGUUGGCUGUAUAAAUGAGGUUGACACAGCAGGGUUCCACUGUAUUAAUCACUACUGUUAACGAACAAUAUGUAGAAUAUUUUAUAUAUCUUAGUUUAGGGAGACAGCACUAAUCCAUGCCUAGGCUUCUGCUGAUUUUUUAGGUGUAUUAACCUCAGAAACAUAUUCUUGUGAACAUAAUUCUAAUUUUUAUUUGGUGACUUUAUUCAUUUUAAUUGUCAUACCAUGCAUUCCAAGUACUUUCAACUUAUUUCCUGUUGAUACUUUCUUCUACAGUCGCUGUUUGCCGCAAUAACUACUCGUAUGCGGCGAUGUGUUAGCGAUGAUGUAUAUGUUCCUCUGUAUCCAAAAAGGUAAUGAUUAUUAUUUUUCUUUUAUGCUGCAAGUUCCAGAGGUAAUAGGUUUCCACCAACUCCCCAUUUCCCUCUUAGGACACGAGGCAACUAAGCAUUGUAUGAGGUCUUUAAAAAAUGCUUGAGGACGAAAGAUUUCUAAAAUAAUGUGUCUUCACAAAAAGGAAGAAGGAAGUCUUCGCUGUUGAUUACAUUUCUCAUUGUUUACAUCUUCUUCCCUUGUAUUUUUGGCAGUUUACUGGAUAAUAAGGCUUCUGGUGCUCUACCCUUCUUUCAGAGACAAUUCUGGAGUUGCGUGAAGGUAUUUAUUUUAAAUGUGUGAGGCAACGCUAAGCGAGGUUUCAGUGAAGGUCAAGCAUCACAAUGGCCUUUUGUACGUUUGGGAUAGGCCUUUUGUAAUAGUUGGUCACGUGAUCAACUUUCUGUUUAAACCCGAAAAUAGUUCGCUUUUCGAAAAUCUUGUUAGCAGAAACAGCACAUUGCAAACUAAGUAACUUGAGAAUUUUCAGCCAUAUAUUUCAAGAGUAGUGAUUGCAAUGGCCACCGAAAAUUAGAAGGAUUUGUAUGGGGAAAACUACACUAAUCCUUGUAAAAUUUUGAAUUUCUGUCCUUAAAUCUUUCCCUUACGUCUUAAAAGGGCUCAAAUUAUUUUUUAUGAAAAAAAGGAAAAUUUGACCUUCGUAAUGCUUAAGGAAAUAUUUUACGACCGUUUGAAAAUUUCGAAAUUUUAAAGAAUUUGUAUGGAAAACUACUCAACCGUUAGUAGGUGGGAAGAGUCCUUUUUGGCGGCCAUUGCAAUCGCUACUUUUGAGAUAUACAGCUGAAAAUUUUCAGGUUACCUAAUUUUAAUAUGCUAUUUCAGUUCUUGCUAACAAAAUUUUGCAAAAGCAAACCGUUGUGUUUAAAGAAAGUUGAUCACAUGAUCUACUAUUGCAAAAGGUCUAUUGACUAAACCAAAACCAGUUAAUAGUUAAAUGAAGACCAUUCACCCUUGAAUUACUUGCGUGUCAUUUCCGCUGCUCUAUGUACUUGCUUUGCACUUGGUUCAUUUGAUUGCCUGCAUCAACCUCCUUCCCAGAACCCUCAUUGCCCUUCCCAAGUGGAUCGGCGUCGCGCAGGACAAGGGUAAUGGGGAUUCUGGAAAUGAGAUUGUGCCUGCACCUGUUGUGAAUGGCCAGUAAAUGGUUUGGUUUGGGUCGCACAGUUAAAAACCGCCUAUACCUUAAGUCUACUUUAAUAUCCGAACCCAGUGGCAUCCGAAACGUUGAUCAAGAUAGUAUGGUACUAGGAAAGUUGGUCUAGGAGAACCGAAAACGACUGUUAUGGGUCGAUAAGUUACCACGUGACCUUAUAUUCAGCCGGAACAACGCUCGCUGAAUUUUUUCAUACGCAGGAUAACUCUGGUCACGUGGUCUUUAGUCAGCCAGUGAGAGUCCAAGUCAGGUAUCGGUAAUUUCCAGGUGAAUAAAGGAAUAAAUUUUAAUUUGAGUAGAAUUUUUAAGCGUAAGCAAAAACCGAUCUGAGAGAUAUCUUUCAUUUAGCUCCUUGCGUUUCUUUUUGAAUUCUUUUGCAGUUGUUAGGUAACAUUCUCAAGUGGGAGGGACUUAUUUCAUCCGCUAGACUACAAGAAAUGGCGGUAGAUGGACUGCUGAACAGAUACCUGUUGUUAGCUCUUCAACACUCACAUCUUUACUACGACAGCCUUGAGAAGGCAAAGGCGGUAAGAAUAUAGCUUUAACCUGUUGUCUUGCAAUAUCGGGUUAAACGACGUUGAAUUCAGCUCAAAACUAGACAUGUGCAGUGGAACCUCGAUAUAACGAAGGGCCAAGGGUUAGCUAUAACGAGGUCCCUUCUCAGAUAUUUUACUAUUGCUGGGGUAAAGAAAAUCGUACGUUAUACCGAGGACUUCGUUAUAAAGAGAUUCGUUGUAUCAAUGUUCCACAAGUGUACUUAUUUACGAGUCGUUGGCUAAUAAAUGUCGUAGCUGUGAUAGCGCUCCUUCGUAGACUUAUUGUAUAAAACGAAGAAGAACCGUGUACUUUGUCUUUAUUAGAAUCGUUUAGGAUAUUCAGGCUCAGUACCUUCUCGAAGUUUCAAGACGUUAGACCCCUUAAGGAAUAAGAUUUUUUGUGAUUCUGUUUCAGAUUACAGCCUCGUUUCCAAAACAAUGGUUUAACGACCAACAACAGACAACAUUACCUUCUUUAGAGGCCUUUGCGCGCUAUCUCGCUACGUUAGCAGCCAGUAUGCAGCGCUCAAGUUCUGGAUGUCCAGAAGCCGAAAGAAAGAAAGCCAGGUAACGUUUUGACAACUUUAGUAGAUUUGGUAGAGACCUUUAGAUUCUCAAACAAAGACGACUAUGAGAAUAUGAGAUGGUUAGUGGUGCGCGCGUGUGAAAAUGCGUCGUUUGGGAGUUCACGGAUAUUAUUGUUCAUUCAAAAUAUUUCCCCGAUUCUGAUUGACCAAAAGCCCACGCAUAAUUCACCAUAACCAGUUACUGAUGACCAAAUUUGAAAGAAUUUUGUGCUUAACGAGGAAAUGACGUCAAAAAUGCAGCGUUGUUGCAGGUUAAUGCACCGUUAACCGAGAAGACCUGGGUACUAGGUUGAGUUGUCUUCGUUGUGGAAACCAAAAUGGCGGACAUUUCACUCGUUUCAAGAGUAAGAACUAGGCGAAAUAAUAGCGAAAAACAUGGCAAGAACAGCGAGAAGACAACUCGAAGGGCGACAUCUGCUAUUUGGAGAAUAUUUGCGGAGCUGAACAACCCUAAACGUGCACUAUCGAAGAUGAACUUAACAUCGAUGGAUCGAUGGAGGUAAGCUUGUUUUGGCCAUGCUUUUAAACUAGGAAUUAUUUGGAAUGAAUAAGAAAACAAUUAUUGAAUUCGGCUUUCAUAUCGUAUGAAGAAUUAUGGAGAUCUCGGAGGGUGUUAUCAGCCUCGGCCUACGGCCUCGACGGAUAACACCCUCCUCCUCGAUCUCCAUAAUUCUUCAUAAGAUACUCAGCCUCAUUCAUUAAUUGUUAAAUAGAAAGACUUGGUCUUUCUAUUAUCCAUUGGGAGUUUAAGCAGCGACGUUUGUGAGCAACGCACAUCAACCGGAAAUGCACUUUUGCACUCUAGCGCCGUGCUAUUGAACGUUUAUUUGGGCAGAUCGUCUCCUUGAGAGUUAAGACACUUAGCCAUACAAAUUUGGUAGUAUGAAGGCAUGAGAACUCCCCAUGUGGUAGCUAUCGUCAAUCUACUAGGGGUUCAGGCUAAAAUCUUGUAGUGAAGGAAGCAAGUUAUUAUACAUGUCGGUUAGAAGUUUUAUUGUUUUGCGAUGGGGAGAGGCCGAGCUUAACCCCCUUGAAUAAAAAUCAGCGUGUUAAUUUUUCUAGCGAAGAAAGUAAAAUGAAGCCUUCUGCGUUGUUUGUGCUUUUGCUAUUACGCAAAUUAACUUUGGCAACUUCUGAGGAUAAAAGGGUUAAAUUCUACCUUAAUCUUGUUUUGCUUCGAAUAAACCAAGUUGAAGUACCUCGAAUAGUUACUGAAUAGGCCCUUUGAUCAUAUGCUUAGAUACCACUUAGCAACGUCUCGCUGAAUGGCAAGUCAUCUGAGCGUUCAUUCCCAUCAGAAAGGUUUGAGUGCUAUCCAGCGAAAAAUUCCUAGGUUAAUGACUCUGCUGAAAAUUACCCGAACUGACUGGCCUAGAAGACUUGAAACACGUUUGAACUUUUUUUUUAAUUGCAUUCGUUUUUAAUCACAGCUUAUCUGUUAUUGAGACAAUCGUUGAAAAUCGCAUAACACGAGGAAAUUUAGUAACUAGUAUAGAUCAGUUCAGUUUUGCAUUAAAAACUAGAUCACUAUAAGCCGGUUUCCUCCAUCUACCGGUUAAGUGUUCAAUUUUUUUUUUUUUAAUUCAUUUCGCGCACACAAACAAUUACAAUGCAUUACGAAACAACACGUUUGAAUUUACCCAGGAAGGCUUUGCCCGAUGGCUCUGAAUGAGACUUGUCAUCCAGCAAGCCGAUCCUAAGUGGUAUCGGCCAAGGAUAUUAGCAAGUUCUGCAAAGGUCCUAUUCUGUUUUAUUCGAUUGCUAAUGAAAGCAUGCAAAGUAUUAUUUUAAGCAUUCCGUAUUUUGAUUUUACCAUAUGUAUUUCUUGUUGUUUCUCUUAGGAGUGGCAUCAAGAAAGUUAUUCAACUUCUACUUCAGCUAAGAUCUAUGGACAAAGCUAGGCUAGUAGCGGUAGAACAUAACAUGGACGAACUUGUGAAAGACCUUUGAUAUCUCCUGAGGUCAUUCAUGCUUGAAACUGCGCUGUGCCAUGAAGCCGUCAGCAGCUGUGUAUGGGCCGAUGAUCGUUUUAAGCAUUCUUUUUCCAAGGACUUUUUUCAUCAUAAUUGCAUGUUUUUCAUUUUGACACGUAUGACCAAAAAUACAUGCAAUGUUGGACAAUGUUAGUGGCUGCUAUCAUGAACUAAAGGUUGCCGAGAAAAUUUCAAAAAGGGAUGUAAAAAUCACAAAUGUCUUCGGAAAAAAAAUCAUAAUGUACUUGCGGAAGACUAUUUUCCUCAAUUUCUAAAAAGGAGUGACUCUGUUGAUUACUUCUAUGGCGGAAUUUACCAAAAACUCCCCUUUUGUAGAAAAUAAUAAUAAAAAUAAUAAACAAGCUAACAUUACCAAAAUUUCUAAUAAUUACGUCUUGCACUUGACAGUUCACAUUUUUAUGAAAUACUUCCUUUGAAACUGAAAAAGUGAAAAUGUCGAUGCUCACGAUGUCCAAGGUAACAGAAACACUUACUCGAGUUUGACUUUACUUGAUGGUGAAGUGGUUAAGUUGCCAACAGAUAGCAUUCUUCACGAGGGAGGUUGUUGAAAAGUUUUUGCUCUGGUGCAUGAUCGACUCGGAUGAUAGUUAGAAGUGCUCAAACACUUUUGUAAAUAAACUCUUUAUUGACUAAAAGAAUAUUUAUUCCAG